CUGCACACGGAGACAUCAACCACAUCCAUUUCGACACCAGCAUGACUGACAAAGAUUACCAACGCCCAUGAAGUGCCAGUAGGAAAUAAGUGGUGUAGAGAGAGGAACCUGCUGCUGAAAGAAAGAGAGAGAUAGAGAGAGAGAGAAGAAAAUCCCACACUGCCAGCAUCGUCAUUUCUGUCCGUCUGUCGCAUCGCCUUUUCCGGGAUUUUACCCAACCUUUUUUCUUCAAGUCUUCCCUUCUGUUUUAUUGCGUUUUAUUCUGUUAAAUUAAAAGCUGAACAUGGCAACCCGGAUUGACAAAGACGGUUGCAGGGAUGCAUACAACCUGGUCAGGGAUGACAACUCAGAUAUAUGCUGGGCAUCCUUUAAGUACGAAGGGUCAACCAUUGUGCCAGCAGGACAUGGGGCAGAUUAUGAGGAAUUCAAAAGCCAGUGCACAGACGACGCCCGUCUGUUUGGUUUCGUGAGGAUUACAACAGGGGAUGCAAUGAGCAAACGAGCUAAAUUCACCCUCAUCACCUGGAUCGGGGAGAAUGUGAGUGGACUGCAGAGGGCUAAGAUCAGCACAGACAAAACAAUGGUGAAAGACGUCUGUCAGAACUUUGCUAAAGAGUUCAUGGUGAGCGAUAUACGGGAGCUGGAACUAGACUACAUCCGAAAUGAGCUGAAGAAGGCUGGUGGUGCCAACUACGACGCUCAGGCAGAAUAGAUUGCAGCAGGGCACGCACAGACGAAUGGGGUUUGGUGGGUUGGGGGGGGUCAUCAAAACUGGGAGAAAGCGUAUGGGGAUCUUUUCAUCUCAAACUCUCGUUAAACACUUAUACACAUACCCAUACACACAAACACGCAGAAAAACACUCCUAUGUCCUUCUCCUCAUGAUUGGUUUAUCUCUUGUACUGUGCAUCAUCUCACACUUAUCCCGAGUGCAGACGUUUUUGUGUUUAUUAAUAACAAUUAUAACUGGAGAUUGAGUCAAAGAAGCUCAUUUUGUUGUUGAUUGAACCUGGAAAUGUUACAUCCUCGUAACAAAAUGAGGUUUCUUUUAACUCAUGGUUUAUUUCCAAUUUUCUUUCUUCCAUAUCUAAAUACAGACCACUGUGUUUACGGCCUUCAUCUCCCAUGGAGAGAGGUGCAUCACUGGAUGUGUGCGUUCGUGUGUGUGUGUGUACGUGUAUGAGUCUGUAUGUUUGCAGACGCUACACUGUGACUCGCUCAACUCCAGGUGUUUUUUGGGGAUUUCAGACACCUUAAAGCCCUGGAAAGCGGUUUCAUUGUGCAGGCCGUGGCUUUGUCACUCACCCUGACUAUGAAGCAGCCAUUUCUCUGGUGUAGCCUUUCUUUUAGUCAUGUAAAUUGAAAUUUAUUUCAUUUUUUCAUUAAAAAAGAAAUUAUGCAGCAAUUUUUAUUUGAAAAUGGGAGAUGUCAACAACAAAAAAAACAUGUCAUGUGCACAAGUAGUGUCAUUUCAGAAUAAAAGAUGGAUUUUUUUUUUCCAAAA